CUCAAGUCGCUGAGCAGACACUGGUGUUACAUUAUAAUACAGGUGGAGCAGACUCUGGUGCCGAGUUAUUAUAGUACAAAUGGAACAGUCUCUUGUGACCUGGGAACUCCUCUGCUGUCACCUCCACAUGAUCAGUCUCCUAAAUGAGAUCCGGAGUCCACUCUCCGACUAAUGCACUGAGGAUGGAAAAGGACAGAAACAAGAUGACUGGAAGGAUAUUAAAUCUCACCCUGGAGAUCAUCUACCUGCUAACUGGGGAGGACUAUACAGUAGUGAAGAAGACAUCUGGUGAGGGUGUUACACCCAGCAGCCGUCCACAUGUGGCAGGAGGACUGAGCAGGACCCAGAGCCCCAUCACGGUGCCUCCACCUCACUCACUGAUACAUGAGAGACACAAUGACCAGAAGAUCCUGGAACUCGCCAACAAGAUCAUUCAGCUGCUGACUGGAGAGGUUCCUAUAAGGUGUGAGGAUGUUACCCUCUAUUUCUCCAUGGAGGAGUGGGAGUAUAUAGAGGAACACAGGGAUCUGUACAAGGACGUGAUGAUGGAGAAUCACCGGCCCCUCACAUCACCGGAUGGGGCCAGUAACAGGAAUACCCCAGAGAGAGAUCCCCGUCCUCUUUAUUCCCAGGAUCAUACAGAGGAGAAUCACAGUGUCCCACAGGAGGAUCAGGCAGAAGAUGUGACUGACAUCAAAAUAGAAGAUUUAGAAGGAACUUAUGAAAAUGAUGAUCAGGAGUGUAAAGUGGAAGAAACCUCUAAUGAGAUCAGCUCGGAUGGGGCCAGUAACAGGAAUACCCCAGAGAGAUGUCCCCGUCCUCUUUAUUCCCAGGAUCAUACAGAGGAGGAUCAUGGGUUCCUACAGGAGGAUCAGAGUGAAGACCUGGUAAUCAUUAAAGUGGAAAAUAUAGAGGAAGAAGAAGAGAAAUGGGGUGAUCAGCAGUGUAAGGAGGAGGAAAUCCCUACAGAUAUCAGCACAGCAGACGAUUACAGCAGCGAGAAUAUCUUGGAUGGACGUCUCAUCUCAUCUCCAGAUUGUGAAUUAGAGGAGGACAUCAUACAAGUUCCCCUAAACGGAAACCCCUAUAUCUCAGAUUUAUAUCCACUACUUCACGCUACUGAUUUAUCAUCUGAUCCCUCCAACCACGAGGAAUGUUCUCCUGACGUCCCGGAUAUUCUCACACAUAGUAUAGCUCAUACAGGCAGUAAAAUCUUCCCAUGUCCCCAGUGUGGCAAAUGUUUUGCUCACAUUUCCAAUCUUAUAAAACAUCAGAGAACUCACACAGGAGAGAAGCCGUUUCCCUGUGCUCAGUGCGGGAAAUGUUUUACACAGAGAUCGACUCUCGUUAAUCAUCAGAGGAUUCACAGCGGGGAGAAGCCGUACUCGUGCUCCGAGUGUGGCAAAUGCUUUAAGCAGAGAUCGAACAUUCUUAAACAUCAGCUGGUUCACACUGGCGAGAAGCCGUUUCCCUGCUCUGUUUGCGGGAAACGUUUUGCAAACAAGUCCGAUCUGGCCAAACAUCAGAGGAUCCACACGGGGGAGAAGCCAUUUCCGUGUUCCGUGUGCGGGAAACGUUUCACGGAGAAGUCGCAGGUGAGAAUACACCUGAGGAUCCACACGGGCGAAAAGCCCUUCUCAUGCUCCGAGUGUGGGAAAAGCUUCAAGCAAAAAGCCAACCUGGUCAAUCACCUGAUCAUUCACACAGGCGAGAAGCGGUUCCCGUGCUCCGUGUGCGGGAAAUGCUUUGCACAUAAAUCGGUCACUAUACGGCACCAGAGAAGUCAUACAGGCGAGAAGCCGUUUCCGUGUUCCGUGUGCGGGAAGUGUUUUGCGAGCAAAUCUGACGCCCUCAAGCAUCAGAGAAUCCACUUGGGCGAGAAGCCGUUUCCAUGUUCCGAGUGUGGGAAAUGUUUUACCGAGAAGUCGCAGCUCAUUCAGCAUCAGAGGACUCACACAGGAGAGCAGCCCUUUUCCUGCUCUGAGUGCGGGAAGGCUUUUAAACAGAAAGCCAAUCUUAUCAACCAUCGGAUCGUUCACACAGACGAGAAACGGUUUCCGUGUUCCGAGUGCGGGAAAUGCUUUGCCCAUAAAUCUCUUUUCGUCAGACAUCAGAGGAGCCACACUGGGGAAAAACCAUUUCCGUGUUCUGAGUGUGGGAAGUGUUACGCGCACAAGUCGGAUCUGGUUAAGCAUCAGCGAAAUCACACAGGCGAGAAGUCUUUUCUAUGCUCGGAAUGCGGAGAGUGUUUUACACAUAAAUCAAGUUUUCAUAAACAUCUGAGAACUCACGCUCGUUUACAGAGGUGAAGAACGUUUCCACAGGAUAACGGAUCUCCAUACACAUAAGUCCGUUUCCGUUUUACACGCAAUUCAUGGUGAACUUAUGGGACAUUUUCUGAUUGUAUGAAAGGAUUCUAUGCUAUUUCUUCUAAACAGAAAUCAAAUUAGUCCUAAAGGCGAAUAGCCGUCAGAGUGUGGGCAGUGGUCUAAACCAUGUUCGAAGGGUGGGAUUGUAUUUAUAUUUUUCUCCCAAGAAAUUGGACGAAGCUCAUAUCUUUUAGGAAAAAUGUUCCUUUAAAAAUGAUUAAAAACAUAUAAAGCUUACUGAAAAAUUGCUGGAGGUGAAAAUUUAAAACGGCACUUGCAGUCAGUGUAAACCCCCAUCACUGACUGCGAGUGCCACUUUCAGGUUUCACCUCCAGCCCACCGGGGAGCGGCACAACCCAAGCCCAGAGGCCAUUUUGUUAUCAAUAAUUGUUCUUAUUGGUACAGAAGACACAAUUAGCCAGUGAUGCACUUUAUGAAGUGAGAUGCUGUUUUUCCUAUAUUAUUGUACUGGCGACAGGUUACGGUGCUGCAUUUGUAGAGGCAGAUUACGGGAGCUGUUUUAUUUGGGUGUGGCACAAAAUGUUGACAUUCAAAAUGUCAUUAUGGACGUUAUGUCAACAUGUCAUAAACUAGGCAUGUCGACGUAGCAUAUUUCUACUUCACUAGCCCUAACCUUACUCUAAACCUAACCUUUACCCUAGGCCUAAGCGCAGCCUAAACCUAAACUGCUAAAUCUGUAAUGUCAACAUUUUGACCAUGUCAGCAUUCAGACCACGCAGACAUUCUGAAUGCCAACAUAAUGACUACAUGCCGUUUUAUUCAAACGACUCCAAUAGCACAUUGGGGAUUCUUAAAAGUGGUUUAUUGUUUUGCAGCAAAAGCUUAGUGGUUUUUAUGUUUGUGUAGUCAGUAUUUAUUAUAGUGAGAGUAGCUGUGAUAUGUUCAGUGUUGCAGAUGUCUUUGUUGUAUUGUGUAAGUGGUGACGGGAGGCUCCAUCUUAGUGACCUCCAUAUUAGUGACCGCCAUCUUAGUGCCCGCCAUCUUAGUGGCCUCCAUCUUAGUUACCGGCAUCUUAGUUACCGGCAUCUUAGUGACUGGCAUCUUAGUGACUGGCAUCUUAGUGGCCUCCAUCUUAGUGGCCUCCAUCUUAGUGACCACCAUCUUAGUUACCGGCAUCUUAGUGACUGGCAUCUUAGUGACUGGCAUCUUAGUGACCGGCAUCUUAGUGACCGCCAUCUUAGUUACCGCCAUCUUAGUUACCGGCAUCUUAGUGACUGGCAUCUUAGUGACCACCAUCUUAGUGACUGACAUCUUAGUGACUGGCAUCUUAGUGACCGCCAUCAUAGUGACUGGCAUCUUAGUGGCCGCCAUCUUAGUGACACUCUCAGGCACUCUUAUUAUGGAGAAUGGCAUCUGACUGGUAAUUAAUAAGAAAAUAAAUAAAAAUUUUUACUUAUGUUGCCUGAGUCUAUACAGUAUCCAGUCCCUACUUUCAACCCUAUUUCACCUCCCACUCUGUUCUUUAACCUGAACUUUAAAAUGACUGGUUAAUUCUGGUUAUGUAGAUUUGCAGUACGAUGGUUUUUAGCUGUUGUAAAACUGCUCUGGAAGCAAACCAGUUGCUGGUUAGUAAUUUUAUAUGUUAUUUAUUAAUUGUUUACUGUAACAUUUUAACAGCUUUUGUGGCUAUUGCUUUGAAGAUCUGUCAUGUUGUAUUUGGAAUGUAUUACCGGUUACUGUAACAAUUGCACUGUUUGUGUAUCUUGUAUUAUAUUCCCACCGGCAGAGACUCAUUAAACAUGACCAGUGGAAGAA